CGGCUCCUCCUGGUCCCGUACAGCGCCCACCACGUCCCUACAUACCAUGAAUGGAUGCAGGACGAAGCGAUACAAAAGGCAACAGCAUCGGAACCGCUGACGCUCGAAGAGGAGUACGCCAUGCAGCGCUCCUGGCGCACCGACGCUGAUAAGUUGACUUUCAUCGUGUGCACGCGUGACGCAGACGCGGGUGCGGGUAGCAUUAGUAUUAUUGCCGGGGAGCAAGAUGCGCCGAGUCGCAUGGUCGGGGAUGUGAAUUUGUUCCUGUACGACGCCGACGACGACGACGACGACGAAGACAAAGACAAAGCACAAAGCACCCCCACAGCCCACACCACCCCUCUCAAACCCAUCAUCGGCGAGCUGGAGAUCAUGAUCGCGCGACCCUCGCAGCAGAACCAAGGCCUCGGGCUUGAAACCCUGCGCGCAUUCCUGUCGUACAUCCAGACGCAGCUGCCGCUCCUCGGAACAGAGUACGCCGGCGCAAGGGGCGCUGCGGUGCAGUAUCUGCGCGUUAAGAUCGACAAGGACAAUGUGCGGAGUCUGCGGUUGUUUGAGAAGUUGGGGUUUGUGAAGACGGGCGCGGGGCCGAAUUACUUUGGCGAGGUGGAAAUGAGG